CCCUGUAAGGUACCGACUUGACCGAGAGAUAGGUGAAUGAUUUCCAGCAUCUGGGGAGACUUUCAUAUCUGAAUUUUUCCAUUCUAUAAUGUCAACCAACUUGGGUAUAUGCAUGAAUUUCACGAUAUACCUCCCUAAAUAGACGACACGAUUUGUGAUGCCUUGUAGAGCUUGUUCGAAAUUUCGAAGGGACGUUUCCAUUAUUAAAGCCAAGAGAACUGAUGCUCCAGCGAACGUCGAUCAUGUUCCUGCAUGAUAAUAUGCUAAUUGCCAGUAGCAUGUUAUUGGUGUGGGCGAACCAAUCCUCAUAAAGAGCGUGGCAGUAUCCCGGUAUCAACAAGUUGACCAACGUGGACGAAAUCUGUACAGCAGCGGACGUGUACGUGCGAAAUAAUCCGGGUGAGGGGUUGCAUUCGGAAAAUAUCUGACGCUUUCUGGCGAAUACGUUAUAUAUAAAUUCGACCAUCGUCUCAUUAAAGAAAAGUUAUUCUUCAGAGCUGCAGUUUCUAUGCUUGAGAAUAUGGCUUGUCGAAGCAAAUUUGACAACAUGGCUCCUAUAUUUUCUUCCAAAGGAGAAAAGAGAAAGGAACAAUUCAAUAACAUGACGGCGAAAAGAUUUGGUUCAAAUGGCAGAGAUGUAGCGGCUGAGCUGCGUACUAUUGCGGACGCCCUGGAAGAAACCCUCGAGUUCCAGCGUUUGAUGGGGAAAAGAUCGAGAACAGAAGAUCCAGAGGAUCGACUCCUUGCGCAACUAGCGGAAGUGAAAUCCAAGGAUGAUAAGGCAAAUGGCAUGCUUGACGACGACAAACCCCGGCUACCAAUACCAUCUCAAGAGAGGUCUAUGUCUAGAGACUCCUUACGUCGUACCAAUCGGUCGGUAAACCUCAACGGAAUGCAUGAUGGGCAAUCCGAUCCUAGAUCAUAUGGAAGAAGUGCUGCGGAGCGGCUACCACUAAAUAGGCACUUCCCUGAAAACGAUGUUCCUCAAGAGAUUAUGCGCCCAAGCUCCACACAACCAGGUCGCUUAAUGACGCCGCAACCCGCUAGGGCAGCAACCUUUCCCUCUAUUAGAUCAAUGACACCACAACCAACUCCCACGAGUAUCCAUUUCCCCUAUCGUUCAGAAGUUCGGCAACAUAGCCAGCCACCGUAUGCUCGCACUCCUGGCUAUACAUCUAUCAUAGCUCGUGGUAUUCCAGAUCGACAUCGCAGUCGACCGCCACCCUCGCAGCGCUUAUACGAAGUACCUGAUCCCCCGCAAACAUACGGCUUCGAUGUACCUCCGCAACUCGACCCAAAUCCAUAUUAUCGACCCCAAAUCACGACCCCUGCUGAACGUGCUUCCCGAAGGGAUCGUUUUCCUCGAAUGUCCGAAGAACGUAGGGGAAGAAGAAUGGAGCCUACUGUAAGACCAAAGCAUCACGAAACAGUAUAUCAGGUUGAUUCGAAUAUCAUUGAGCGAGAGUAUGAUCCCGAGAAAGACGAAGAUGCUGAAUCUAUCGGAUCCUUGGAUCAUGUCCAGUCGUUCGCUUCACCCCAAACAAUCAGACCUCAAAACAGAGUAACUUGGAAUGGAUCAUUUAGAUGACGAGAACCAGAUGUUUGUAUGAAGACUCCUUCAAAAGUCACCCUUUGAGAAUUCAUCAUAAACUCUACACUGGUUGGGCAGUGAAGCAACUACACUUUGUUCUGCAUACCGUUGUCUCUCCCUCUGCAUGGGCAUUUCACUCGCUUUCUCUCUUCGCGAGAACUAAAUCUUAUCCACGGCUCAAUGCAAAAAAUAUACUCUGAUAUAUUAUCAGACCCACGCCAAUUCUCCUGACUACUCAUCCACAAUUGCCGGAGAGAAAUAUCAAAAAUCAAAUGUUCAAAGCCUGGAGAAGUGUAGAUAUAGCCACUAGUUCCAUUACUGAAGUUAUCGAACCACCUUAAAUGGAUUUGAUAGAACUGAUGGUUGGAUCAAGUGUCUUUGGGUUGUUAUGGUACAAAUAAGAGUGUGUGGGAUGAUUCCUGAGAUCUUCAGAAGAGCAGUUGUGGUUGAGAUUACCUAGUUCUGAAAGCAUCUUCGGGCCGACAAUCAUCCGGGUAUCCGUGCAGGA